UUUGGCUAAGAUCAAGUGUAGUAUCUGUUCUUAUCAGUUUAAUAUCUGAUAUGAGGCCCAUCGGGUCUCACGAUAUUAACUCUAUAUUUUGAGGGAGGAGGCCCAUCAAGAUAGCUUGCUAUCUGGGUCUCUGCGAGUCGCCCAUGCGUUGCACUACAGCACGGGCCGGCUCAUCCCACCAAUAAUCCAGUUUAAUUUUUUUAUAAAUUGGCUUUAUUAACUUGUGCUUGAAAUGUCCCCUAACUUACUCGAAAAAGAGGCCCAUGCCCCAAAACUGGCCCAGUCUAUCUAUAACGCUCUUACAACAGCAGCCAGCAGGUACGAGAAUCAUUCUAACCAGUUCAGCUCACUAUUUCAAAUGUCAUCUCGAUUCGUUUCUUUUCCGGAGUCCAUCACCGGCUUCUUGUCGGAGCUGUCAGUUAACAAUUGUACUCUACGCUUUCUGUCCGGAGCUCAAUGUUCUUCUGGUCGCGGCUUGCGAUUCCCGCGUACACGACGAGGAAGGACUCUCAUGUGCUCUGGUUCAAACUCUCACUCGUGGAAUGUUCCUGUUCUGUCCAGCAAUGAGGUCGUUGAGAGGCUGAAACUAGUAGGAGAAGGAAAACAGUUGUUGGCCAUGUACUCAAGCGUUGUUGGCGGAAUCACAACUGAUCCAGCAGCUAUGGUUCUUCCGUUGGAUGAUCACAUGGUUCACCGUGGUCAUGGUGUCUUUGAUACCGCCAUGAUCAUUAAUGGACACCUUUAUGAAUUGGAUCAGCACCUUGACCGUAUCCUACGAUCUGCCUCCAUGGCUAAGAUUCCACUUCCGUUUGACCGGGAAACUAUCAGAAAGAUUCUCAUCCAAACCGUGAGCGUCUCUGGUUGUAGAUACGGCUCACUAAGAUACUGGCUAUCUGCUGGGCCUGGGGACUUCUCACUAUCUCCAUCUCAUUGUCCCAAACCAUCUCUUUACGCCAUUGUGUACCAAAAGGACUUCAACGUUGACCGAAUAGGUGUCAAGGUAGUGACAUCUUCCGUCCCCAUCAAGCCUCCGGAAUUUGCUACUGUGAAAAGCGUUAACUAUCUCCCAAACGCCCUCUCGCAGAUGGAGGCAGAGGCCAAAGGUGCGUUUGCGGGUAUUUGGGUGGAUAACGAUGGGUUUAUAGCAGAAGGUCCGAACAUGAACGUGGCGUUCGUUGUUAAUGGUGGUAGGGAGCUUGUGAUGCCACGGUUUGAUAACGUUUUGAGUGGAUGUACGGCGAGGAGAACGAUUACACUCGCUGAACAGCUUGUACGCAAGGGGAUGCUCAAAAGUGUGAGAGUUAUGGAUAUGACGGUGGAAGAUGGGAAGAACGCUGAUGAGAUGAUGCUUCUUGGGAGCGGUGUUCUCGUCAAACCGGUGAUUCAGUGGGAUGAAGAAGUUAUUGCUGAUGGGAAAGAAGGUCAUAUAACCAAUGCGCUACUUGAUCUGUUGCUGGAAGAUAUGAGCUCUGGUCCACCUUCUGUUCGUGUGCUUGUUCCUUACUGAGCCAAACCAUUCUCUUUGCUCAUCAGAGACAAUCAACUUAUGUUUUGUUUUUAUUGUUUUGCUGUUAAUUGUAAGGUUGAAGUUAUAUCCAAUUGUGUCCUGACUCACGGUUCCAUUUGCUUCCAAUCAACGUUGUAAAGGUUCACUUCCAAGUGGGGACCAUUUCCGACA